UCAGCCUUCUGCGGGAUAAGCGCGGACACGUCGACGUCAGCUGAUUCACGAUACAAAGUCGGCGACAUCUCGUUGUUUCUUGAUGCCGAGGCCGGAGCCGGUGGGUUUCUCGCGAGGACGGUUUCGUUAGUUUCAUUGCUCCCUCCCCAUUCCCACCCAAAUCUCGGUAGGGUUUCGCAUCCUCUCUGCUUUUUGUCUCCUGAUUUGGCGAAUUCUUGUGGUUCUUGAUUGGAUCGCGGUAGGAGAAGCUGCCGCAUGGGCGAUUCUUGAGGUUGUGGCGGUUAGGAUUCGCCGUGUUUCCUCAGAUCGUUCCGUGUUCGGUCGAUGGAGACGAUGCAGCAGCACUCGGCGGAUCGGAGAUCGACAUAUCUCGCCGCCCUGACGCUAGAGAUUGAGAGAAAGCUCCAGAAGGCAUUGAUUUCACCAAGGCAACGACCCGAGUUGCUUCAACAAUUAUUUGCUGAUGUAGCUUUGGAGGUUGAGGAUCGUGCUCGAGACAUGAUUUUCAAAAAGGAUGAAGACAAAAUUACAUCUGCAGAUGAUGGAAUUGAGAACCAUCUGUGUUUCUAUGAUGUACUUGCUGAUUAUUUUGUUGGCGAACCUGAAAAUGGAAAGCACAUCCUUGAUUUAAUUGUUCAACUUUGGAGCCAAUCCUUUGUGUCACAUAUAUUUGCGCUCAUAUUCCAUAAGUGGUUAUUUGAAGUCUCUGUUGAAAAUUCUGAAAUGUUGCUACGUUAUGGAUCUGCCCUUGUUCAAGGUGCUACCAAUGUUUUCUGGAUUGACAUCCAAACAAAUAGGAAGAGAUUUUUUCCCUUGUUCAGUUAUCUUCUUCAGGAGGUUGCACUUGUACCCUAUCGCAGCAACAAGAUCUCUUUGCAGGCCCGUCGAGAUCUCUGUCUUCUUCUCUCCAGGUUCUUAUUCUUUUACAAUCUAGAUGACUUGCUUGAAAAGUUUCUGGGGCAAUUUCCUGGUUUCCCAAAUGCUUUUUUGGUUGGAGGCCCAGCAGAUAUAUUUGUGAUUGAGCUUGCAGAUCAGCUUCAGAAGCUGAAAGUAGAGCCUGUGCUUUUACAUUAUCUCUCCCGUAUGAGUGCUCUUAAAGGACUAGAACUGAGGAUGACGACAAGUACAAGGCUAAAGGCAUGCUUGUACAGCUUCACUUCUCCUGGAGGACCUAUGUAUCCAACAAGAGUUGUACGUCAUGCAGCUUGGGAUACUUUGGAUCUGCUCUUUCCAGUUGGGCAGUAUCCACGGCACAUCAUAAGCCUCUUCUUUCGGUUGCUUUAUCCUUGGUACUGGCCUUCUUCUUGUUGGAACUUCAUCAUGACUUGCGUCAGAACUGUUGUAUUCUACAUACUUAGGAUAAUUGGCUCAAGUUGGGAGAACAUGAGAAAAUCAAAAGAUUCCUAGUGUCACGCCGCAAGGAUUUAUUGUCGUCUGUAUUUUUUUUUUUUGCCCCCUUUUUUUCUUUGUCGUUCUGUUGGUUUAUCGCAAUGUUUUCAUGCGGUGGCAGUGAGAUCGAUUUAAUGUUUAUUUGCUUAACGUUGGUUUUUA